AUGCUCACAAACUCCUCUGUGAAGCUAGGGGACUUCCAGAAAUUGCAGUCCAAGCUGAGAGGGAUCAAUGUGAGAGGGACUGAAGAAGAGAAAGAGGAGAAGCAAAGAGAGGAGGAAAGUAUGAAGUGGAUGUUUGUUGGUGUCUCUGAGUCGCCUGAGCAAGGGCGGCUUAACACAAAUUGGGGCCGAGAAAAUAUUUUUUAG